UACCCCACUCCGUAUUUAAAAGGAACAAAAAGGAGAGAGAUCUACUGAAGUUUGUAUCAAUGGCGGAGAAGAAGAUAGUGUGUGUGACAGGAGCGGGAGGCUAUGUAGCUUCGUGGCUGGUGAAAUUUCUACUCUCCAGAGGCUACACUGUUAAUGGAACCGUCAGAAAUCCCAGUGAUGAGAAGUACUCUCAUUUGAAGAAACUUGAGAAAUCAUCUGAUAACUUGAAACUCUUCAAGGCAGACAUGCUUGAUUACAACUCUCUUUCCCCACCCAUCAAAUAUUGCAGUGGAGUGUUUCAUCUUGCCAGUCCAGUUCCCAUUGGCACUAUCACAAAUCCGGAGGUGCAAAUGAUUGAGCCUGCCGUAAAGGGUACACAAAAUGUACUCAAGGCAUGUUCUGAAGCAAGUGUUAGGCGAGUCGUGGUUAUGUCCUCGUUGGCUGCUGUUACCAUGAACCCUAACUGGCCCAAGGGUCAAUUGAAGGACGAGACUUGUUGGUCUGAUAUAGAAUUCUGCAGAACUACUAAUAACUGGUAUCAUUUUGCCAAAACCGUAGCGGAAAGUGAGGCUUUUGAGUUAGCAAAAAGAAGUGGACUUGAUGUUGUAAGUGUGUGUCCAGCCAUUGUUUUGGGGCCAAUGCUGCAGUCCUCAAUGAAUGCUAGUAGUCUGGUUCUCCUUGAGCAUUUGAAAGAUGGAAAUGAGGAAAUGGAGAACAAGGUUCGGAUAAUAGUAGAUGUACGUGAUAUUGUUGAAGCGAUGCUAUUGUUAUAUGAGAAGCCCGAAGCUGAAGGAAGAUACGUAUGUAAUGCUCACACAAUCAAGACAAAAUAUUUGGUGGAAAUGCUCAAAGGAAUGUAUCCUAACUACAAUUAUCCGAAGAAAUUUUGCGAUUGGGAGGAAAUUGAGGAAUUGAGUUACCUGAGCUCAAAAAAAUUGCAGAGGUUGGGUUGGAGUCAUAGACCAUUGGAAGAAACUCUUGUUGAUUCCAUUGAAAGCUACAAACAAAAUGGACUUCUGAAUUAGAAGCACUCAGCCCGUUUGCAGUGAGGGGGAGCAAAUUGAAGAGUUGAGUUCAAAGAAAUUUCAGAGCCUGGGUUGGAGUUAUACACCAUUGGAAGAAACUCUAAUUGAUUCCAUUGAAAGCUAAAGAAGGAAAGGACUUCUAAAUUAGAAGGACUCGGUGCGUUUGCAUUGGAGGUUAAGUUUGUUUCAUCGAGCAUGCCCCAAAUCCUGACCCUUGUUAAUGUUAUGGAAAGUAUAUAAAAGUGUGUGUUACUUGUUAUCUAUCAUAAGCACUUUCUGAGAGUCAUGUAGUUGUUUUAGCUGCUUCUGUGCUUCUGCGCAUGUAUUACACAGCAUUUAUAGCAUGUUGGUGGUGUUUGUCUCUUUAUUCUAAGAAAUAUUUUUGAAACUCCAA